AUGAGCGACAGUAGUGAUUCCAGCAAAACUGUCGAAUCACGUCGUGGUGGCGAACACGACAACGUCACCCGUCGUGCCAGAAGAGUGCACGAGUCGACGGAUCGUCCUUCAUAUGACCUUCCGGUGAAAUUGAAGGUACCAAAAUUUUCUCCGGACGAGCCCGAAAUUUGGUUUGCUUUAUUGGAGGGACAGUUUGAUAAUUAUGGCAUUACUGACGAUGCUUCAAAAUUUUCCAACGUCCUCAGCAACUUGGACAUCACAACUGCCAAAGAGGUAAAGGACAUCAUUACUAAUCCUCCACUUAGGAAUAAGUACCAAAAACUUAAAAACGAGCUUAUUAGGCGUUUGACCGCCUCAAUAGAAAAGAAAAUGAGACAGGUCCUGACUCAUGAGCAACUAGGAGACCGGAAACCAUCACAAUUUCUUCGGCAUCUUCAGGACUUGGCUGGCCCAAAUUUCCCGGAUGAUUUUUUGAGGACCAUUUGGUGUGACCGUUUGCCCAGAGAUAUUCAAACGGUUCUGGCAUCCCAAACAUCUCAGUCAUUGGAGCAACUAGCGGAAUUAGCUGAUCGAGUCCAGGAUCUAACUGUGCCUGCCAAAGUUGCGUCAGCUUCAACAUGCACGUGUUCCUCCAGCGGCAAUUUUUCAAAUGAAAUCGCAGAACUUAAGCUGAUGGUGGCAAGAUUGGAAGCGAAGCUAGAAGACCGCUCUCGUGUUCCUCCACUUCCUGAUCGAUCUAGACCACGGCGUCGGCGAUCUUCAUCCCGAAGUAGGACGCGGUCGACGUCCAGUUAUCGUCGUUCUCCGAUCUGCUGGUACCAUAUCAACUUUGGAACCAAGGCGCGAAGAUGUAUACAGCCGUGCGAUUACAAGCCAGCGGGAAAUGCCAUGGGCAGUCGAUAA